AAAUGGCCAUUGGAAGGGAGGAGUUAAGUGCAACAGAAAGCAUAUAAGUGUGACUGAGACCGAACAAAAAAACAGUGACCUUUUGCUACGCAGUGAGGAGCUAAAUAUGAGGGUCCUGGCAUUCUUUGUGUUUCUUGUUUUAUGCAUGACUUUAGAAAAAUGCUUCUGCAAGAAGAAACCCAGACCCAAACCGUCUUGCGGAUAUCCACCAUCGCAGUGGUGCAAGACUCUGGAAAUAGCCAUGGAAUGCAAGGUUCUGAAGCAGUGUAUGGAGCUGAAUGCUACACGGCCAGAUCCUGCUGUCCCCAAUGUGACGGUUGGGUUGUACUAUGAGAGCUUGUGUCCUGGCUGCAGGGGUUUCCUGGUGGAGCAGCUCUUUCCCACUUGGGUCAUGCUGGCCGACAUCAUGGAUGUCCAGCUGGUGCCUUAUGGCAACGCCCAGGAGACCGAGCACCUGGGAAAGUAUGAGUUCCACUGUCAACAUGGAGAUCCAGAGUGUCUGGGUAACAUGAUCGAAACCUGCAUUAUGAAACUGGUUGGAGACAUGGCGUUCCUCGUCAUUUUCUGCAUGGAGGCCUCCGCUGAUGUCUUGACUGCAGCCCAACCUUGUGUACAGCUGUAUGCUCCUUCCGUGAAGUGGGAGACCAUCAUGACCUGUGUGAAGGGAGACCAGGGGAACCAACUCAUGCAUGAUAAUGCACAGAAGACAAAAGCGCUUAAUCCACCCCAUUCUUACGUGCCCUGGGUGACCAUCAAUGGGGAGCACACGGAGGAAUUGGAAGACAAGGCGCUGUCAUCUCUCUUCGUCCUGGUCUGUAGCUUGUACACGGGUGGCAAACCCCCAGCCUGCACUGGAGCGCAGAAGAAACUUGACAGGAGUUUCUGCUAAAACACCUUUGGCAUAUAUACGUGUGUCUCCUAUGGCAUCCUAAUGUCUGUAUGGAACAAUAAUGCAAAUUUGUACUACCUUGCCUUUUUACUAAAAUCAUAUUUCUUAAGUAAA